AUGGCGUGCGAGAUGGCCCAUCAGCCACCUGAACUGUCUCAUAGUCAUAGAGGCAAGGUUGUGUUGGCAAACAUGGUCCCUCAUGGGGACAAUGGUCCUAAUCUUUCCAUAUGGUCAGAGAAACAUGCAGGCAUAUACUAUUGUAUGUAUGCUACUAGGUACUUGAGGUUAAUUGUAAAAACUGUCACAGCAUUAAGAUUCAAUAUUGGAUGGAGGCCAGGCAUGGAAACAGCAAUUCUGGGCCAUGCUCUAUCAGAGCAUGACCCACAAAACACUUAUAACCAAGCAUCCCACCCACCCAACUUUCCCUAUGAUGCUAAAGGGUGGUCCUAA